AUGGACAAAAAGAGUGUGUAUGAGUUUUUCUCUUUGGAAGGUGGAGCUAACGGCGGCAUGCUCUACGAAGGAGACAGUGACAAGUGGAAGCAUGCACGCACAAGCCUAUCGCCGUACUUCCUGAAGUCGAACUUUGAUGCUCUGGAAGACAUUCUGUGCGAGAUCCUCUAUGGAUGUAGCCUUGGCAAGGAGGACCUCGAGGUCUUGGUCCGAUCUCUUGCUGAGUACACCAUCGGCGGAACCUCCUACCGGGGAAAUUACCCUGGCGGAUUGACCUCCCUGGACUAUCAUAGCAAAAUUGCCUCGAAGAUGGCAGACGCUGCACCUGAGGGUACCUUGGGUCAUAUCCUGCUCAAUGAAUGCCCAUCUUUGCCAGAACGAAUCCGGUACGAGAACUGCUCCUUUUUCUUGGAGGCGAUCACUCCCUGCUUCGCCAGUUUCUGGACAAUCUCCAUGAUUUGUGUGGCCGGUAGAACAGACACAAGCAUGCAGAACAAGGCCGCGGAGGACGCUACCUAUCGGGAGCAAUGCAUCAAAGAAGCCUUGCGGAUGUACCCUCCGGUCCCCCUCAUCUGGGCACGCGGUGCCACAGAGACCCACCACUUUGAGAAUCCCCUCUUCGACCCGGAUGUGAAGCCCUCCUCUUUCUUUGCGCCCUUGUUUGGAUCAUGCGACAUCCGAACCAAGCAGUACAUCAAGAUUAAAAAGGGGACCAAGGUCAUGAUGUUUCCGUCUAUCUUCCACCACGAUGAUCGCUUUUGGAGGAGGCCUGAAGAAUACGUACCCUCUCGAUGGAACGAGGACCCUCAUGUUCUCGACGGCCCGAGGAUAGUCAAGCGAAAAACUGUGCGACGUUGCACUAGUGGGAACCAAGUGUUAGAUCUAGGGGGGGCAGAAAUUGUUGGUGACCAAGGACAAAAGCGCUGA